AAGUCACCUGACGCUGGCGCAUUACGGAAAGCGAGAAGGUCAGAGAGAACGAGAGUGUGAAAAGCAACGCGGGAAAUAAUAGGAUCGUUUCUUAGUGUUUUUUAGUGAUAUAGUCCCACAGAGAUCAGCACUGCCGGUGUAUGAGCUGUUCCGUGGGAUAUCGCUGCUCCCAGGCAUGAUUCCUGAAGGGAAUGGAAACGUCUCUGUGCUCCGGUGAUGGUUAUCCUGAGCAGGGUCCUAGCCCUCAGCAAGUUUAAAGUUGUGCUUCGUCCCGCAGUUCGUUUCUGCUCUCACCGUACGGCAGCGGAAAUGGCUUUGAGGAUCCCGGUUCAGAAAGUUCUUUGUGUAGCAGAGAAGAACGAUGCUGCCAAAGGGAUUGCAGAUCUCAUGUCCAAUAGCAGGAUGAGAAGGAGGGAAGGUUUCUCCAAGUUUAACAAGAUUUAUGAAUAUGAAUAUCAUUUGUUUGGAAAGGACGUGACUGUGGUGAUGACUUCUGUAUCAGGACAUCUGUUAGCCCUCGAGUUCAUGGACCAUAUGAAAAAAUGGCACAGCUGCAACCCGGUGUCUCUGUUUGAGGCAGAAGUACAGAAAUACUGUCCUGAUGACUUUGUAAACAUCAAGCGGACCCUGGAGCGGGAGGUGCGACAAUGUCAGGCUCUCAUAAUAUGGACGGAUUGUGACAGAGAGGGAGAAAACAUUGGCUUUGAGAUCAUCCAUGUCUGCAAAUCAAUCAAGCCAAGCUUGCAGGUUUUCCGGGCCCGCUUCUCUGAGAUCACUCCUCGUUCCAUCCGGAUGGCUUGUGAACACCUGGUACAACCUGACCAGAACAUCAACGACGCUGUCGAUGUACGAACGGAGCUUGACCUGCGGAUUGGUGCUGCUUUCACACGGUUCCAAACCCUCCGACUUCAGAAGAUAUUUCCUUCUGUGCUGUCCAAUCAGCUCAUUAGCUAUGGCAGCUGUCAGUUCCCAACCUUGGGCUUUGUGGUGGAGAGGUUUAAAGCCAUCCAGGCUUUUAUUCCUGAAACCUUCUACAAGAUCAAAGUGACACAUGAACACGAAGAUGGACUGGUGGAGUUUAGCUGGAAGCGGAACCGUCUCUUUAACCACACGGCUUGUCUGGUUCUCUAUCAGAUCUGUAUGGAGGACCCUAUGGCUACGGUGAUGGAGGUGGGAAGCAAACCAAAGAGCAAGUGGAGACCUGUGGCUCUAGACACCGUGGAGCUGGAAAAGCUGGCGUCCCGCAAGCUGAAAAUUGGAGCCAAGGAAACCAUGAAAACUGCGGAGAAGCUUUAUACUCAAGGUUUCAUCAGUUAUCCACGUACAGAAACAAACAUUUUCCCCAAGGAUCUUAAUCUGACAUCUUUGGUUGAGCAGCAGACACACGAUCCCCAGUGGGGUGGGUUUGCACAGCGAAUCUUGGAGAGGGGUGGGCCGACCCCACGGAACGGGAACAAGACAGAUCAGGCUCACCCUCCCAUCCAUCCCACUAAAUACACAAACAAUCUGCAGGGAAAUGAGCAGCGGAUCUACGAGUUUAUCGUGCGCCACUUCUUGGCAUGUUGCUCCCAAGAUGCACAGGGUCAAGAGACCACGGUGGAAAUUGACAUUGCUGCUGAGAGAUUUGUGGCUCACGGGUUGAUGAUCAUCGCUAGGAACUAUCUGGACGUCUAUCCUUAUGACAAGUGGAAUACAAAGAUUAUCCCUGUGUAUGAGAUGGGCGCCCAGUUCCAGCCAACCACAGUGGAGAUGGUGGAUGGGGAGACCAGCCCCCCGCAGCUUCUAACAGAAGCCGAUCUCAUUGCCCUGAUGGAAAAGCAUGGGAUUGGUACUGAUGCGACACACGCUGAGCACAUUGAGACCAUCAAGUCUCGCAUGUAUGUGGGUCUCACCCCAGAGCAGAGGUUUCUUCCCGGAGAGCUUGGAAUGGGGCUUGUGGAAGGAUAUGACUCUAUGGGCUUCCAGAUGUCCAAACCAGACUUACGAGCUGAGCUGGAGUCUGACCUGAAGUUGAUCUGUGAAGGGAAGAAGGAUAAAUUCACAGUCCUGAGGUUGCAGAUACAGAAGUACAAGCAGGUCUUUGUUGAGGCAGCGGCCAAAGCCACCAAGUUAGAUGAGGCCUUGUCUCAGUAUUUUGGCCAAGCAGCAGAGGCCGUGCCACAACAGGAAAUCUAUGCGGAAACUCCCCUUCCUGUACGGAAAUGCCCUCAGUGCAACCGGGACAUGGUGCUGAAGACCAAGAGGGAUGGAGGGUUCUUCCUUUCCUGUGUGGGGUAUCCCAGCUGUAAAUCAUCCGUCUGGUUCCCCAGCUCUGUCUUGGAAGUGUCAAGAGAUGAAAGUAUCUGCAGCACUUGCAGACCCCACCCAGUGCACAAGCUAAAGUUGAAGUUUAAGCGGGGAAGUAUCCCACCCCUCAUGCCCUUGGAAUUUGUUGGCUGCAUUGGAGGUUGCGAUGAAACACUUCGGGAGAUCCUGGACCUGAAAUAUCUGCACGGAGGUAACAGGCCCCCCCAGGCAGCCCCACGCGAGAGCAACCACUUGCAGGUGAACCAGACAAGUAAUCGCAUGGGAAACAGCGGGGAUGGGCGAGGGCGCCAGCCACAGACUAAAACUCUGAAGCCUCCUGUGGUGAAACCUUCGACUUCCAGAGGAGCUCCGCCCAUCCCCGGCAACAGUGAGAGCAAUGAAGUGGUUUGUAACUGUGGAGUAGCAGCAGUGCAGCUCACUGUCCGCAAGGAAGGACCCAACCAAGGCCGACCCUUCUACAAGUGCAAUGGCGGAGCCUGCAACUUUUUCCUGUGGGCAGAUCAGGAGGAUGGAGGUGGUCAGAAUGCUCCAGCUGGGCCCUCUACAGGACGUCCUUCCAAUGCCUUCAACAACUCUAGGGCACCUGAUAGUUUUAGGUCUGGAGGAGGAAGCAAUGACCCAGGAUCGGAAGGGCAGGCAGUAGUGUGUAUGUGCAACCAACCAGCUGUCACACGUACUGUGCAGAAAGACGGAGCCAACAAAGGACGACAGUUUCAUACCUGCUCCAAACCCAGAGAGCAGCAGUGCGGCUACUUCCAGUGGGCAGAUGAGAAUGUUCCUCCAGGCUCUUCCAGCGGAUUUUCCGGAUCCUCCGGUGGAAGUUCAUUCAGCGGCGGAUCUGGGGCCCAACGCAACUCUGGCAAGAAAAAUAAAAGAUCUGAGAACAGUUUUUCGGGCCCAACAGCAAAGAAGCCGAGAUCUUGUGGGAUCUGCCACCAGCCUGGACACAACAGAACCAACUGCCCACAGAACAGAUGAAAAACCAAGACUUGUUUUUAUUAGAACAUUUUACAGUGGAAAUGUCUAGAAACGUUAUGUUCCAGCAACAAUCUUUUAUAUCCUCACCUGAUACCAGAACACCAUUCAUCCCACUUUUCAGCAGUGCAAAUUCAAUGUGUACAUUAAAAUGUAAAAUAUUUUUUGUAACCUGUUUGUAUAUUUUAUACGUUGAAUGGAGGAAUUAUUUUAUAAUAUACUUGUGUUGAGAUAUGUUCUAUUAAACAUACAUUUUUAUA